UGCAGCAGAGCGCGCGCUCAGCGGUGUGAAGAGCUGGAGACUCAUCAACAUCAUCACUUUGGCUUUUAUCUUCAGCCCCUUCGGAUCGUUUAUUAUUAUUAUUUUUGGCUUUAUUUAAUUUUUUCCUGGUCACCUCUCCGAACAAGUUGCCGGACUGUUUUCUUUUGAGUCGGCUGAUCUCUCCCUGCUCUUCCUCUCUGGACACGAUGGCCAGCUCCGGACUGCAGCUCUUCGGGUUCCUCCUGGCACUGGUCGGCCUCGGUGCCACCGUCGCCGCCACUUUCAUGGUUGAGUGGAAGCAGCAGACGCAGGGAAAUACGUACCACAUCUAUGAGGGCUUGUGGGAGACCUGCAGCUCUAACGAGAAAACAAUCUGUGAAUCUUACGAUUCCCUCUUAAAGCUGGCAACUGAGGUCCAGGCGACCCGGGCUGUGCUGAUACUCAGCAAUCUCCUCUCCAUCAUGGCCGUGUUGGUCUCCACAAUAGGAAUGAAGUGCACUCACUUCAUGGACAGCAAGCCUGGGAGCAAAGCCACAGCAGCUAUGAUCGGAGGAAUCAUGUUCAUGAUUGCAGGUUUGCUGACCACCAUCAUCACCUCCUGGUAUGUCACAAUGAUUGUUGAGAACUUCCAUGCAUCUCAUCACCUGCAAAGCUUUGAGUUUGGUAAGGCAGUGUUCGUCAGCUGGGCGGGCGGCAUCCUCUCCAUGGCUGGCGGUGCUUUCCUCACCUGUCGGAGAUGCGGGCGGUCCGGCUCGAGCGAGUCCGUAAGCGCAAACCACCUCUUCCCCAAUGGCAACCAAACGUCCAACUACGUGUAGCAGAGGGGGAAGCCGGGGAGGAACCAGAGAACUGGAGCAGGAGAAGACCCUCUGCAGGAUUAUACGUACAGAACAUCAGUCGCAUCCGACAGUAAACAGCAUCAAGAUUACACACCAGAUCAGACUGUGUGAGACAAAUUUAAGUCUCGUUUUUACGCCUGUUUUCUUUUCAGUCCAGUACUUGUGUUUGUUUGUUUGUUCGUUUGUUUGUCUGUUUUGUCGGUGCCUUCAGUUACAGAAGCGAUUACUGCUGCCGUCAGCUGUUAUUUUCCAUUCAGAGAAAUGCAAAUCAUUAGGAUUCAACUGUUAAAUGACUGAAGUUUUUACACAAUGACAUUUUGUCAGGCUCUUUCAGUGUAAAUAUUUAUGAAAUUAUACAGUUUUGUUUUACACAGGUAGCAAUGGAGAGCACGUGGUAAAUAAUAAUGAUAUUAGUUUACAGUGUAAACAUUAAGUCUGAACCCUCUGUAACAAGUUUUCUGUACUUUUACGCAGGACCAUCGCCUCUUGAGUUUCACGCUGGCGUUCAUAUAGAUUUGUUUGUGUGUGUGUUGUUAAUUAUAUGACUGAAGUUUUGUAUUUUUUAUGUCGUUUUAUCAAGUAAUUUGGUUGUUCCUAUUAUUUUUGCACCGGUUUGUAAUAUGUAUGACCAUUUUAAAAGAAAUUGAAUUAGAAAAGUGUUUUUUAUAGUCAAAGCAUGUUUGUUCUGUUGUCCUGACUACAGCCACACUGACAUUAUAAACCAACAAAAUGA